AUGGCGCUAUUCAAAAGGCAUAGCGUGGAAUCGAAAUCUGAAGAGGGGGAGAAACGUGUGGAGGAGCUGGAGAACGCGGUGGAGAAAGUAAUGCACGAAAUGGCGUAUUAUAAGAAGAAGUUGGAAAAGCUGGAAGCGACCAAUAAUGCACAUCUCCAGAACAUCAGCAAGCUCCAGUCUUCCCUGCAGCAAAAUAACAAGCACAUAGAGACCGUGGAGCAUGAACAAAAGACCUGGAAGAGAGAACGAGAGAGGCUGGAGAACCGCAUUGCUCAGCUGGAGGACAGUUUGUGUUUUCAGAUGAUUAAAUGGGAGCAGGAAAGAGAGAAGGUCAUACAGGAUAUGACGGAGAAAAUAUAUGCGCACCAGAGGGAACCAAACGGUUUUAAGUCUUCUUUAAACUACUUUAAGGAUCUUGAGGUGAUUGUCGAGGAGGCGAGAGAUAAAACGAUCCAAAGUGAAAAACGCCUUCAGAAGACCGAGAAGAAAGUGGCUGAGUUGACUUCAAUACUAAAACAGCAGGAGCUGGAGACACAGAACAUGAAACAUAAAUUGGAGGAAAGAAACUUCUCACGGCUCCAAAUCAUCAGACAGCUGAAGGAUAACCUGAAACACAUCGAGGAGGAGAUGAUGGUUGCUGAGAACAGAAGAAAUGAAGUGAUGAGAGACAGAGACAAACUGGACAAACGUCUUUUAAAUCUGGAGGCCACUUUGGCUGAGAAAACACUGAAUUAG